AUGGCGUCGUCCGACCUCGAAGCUGCCACUGCGCUUAAGGUGCAGGGUAACAAAGCGUUCGCCCAACAUGAGUGGCCCGCUGCCGUGGACUUUUACACACAGGCCAUAGCGAAAUAUGACCGCGAGCCGUCGUUCUUCAGCAAUCGCGCUCAGGCGCACAUCAAACUUGAAGCUUAUGGCUUUGCGAUUGCCGAUGCCACCAAGGCGCUUGAGCUCGACCCCGCCUACACCAAGGCAUACUGGAGGCGAGCCCUGGCCAACGCCGCUAUCCUAAACUAUAAAGACGCCGCAAAAGACUUCAGAGCCGUUGUGAAAAGGGAACCCAAUAACCGCGAUGCGAAGGUAAAGCUGGCGGACUGUGAGAAGCUCGUGCGUCGGUUGGAGUUCGAGAAGGCUAUUGAAGUGGGCGAUCCGCCGUCGGCCUUUGAGGACUUGGACAUCGAUGCUAUAGCGGUUGAUGCCAGCUAUGACGGCGUACGUUUAGAGAACGAGAUGACGCAAGAAUUCAUCGAUGAUAUGAUCGAGAGGUUCAAGAACGGCAAGAAGAUCCACCGCAAAUAUGUCUUCCAGAUCAUCAAGGCCGUCAAGGAUAUUGUGUAUGCAGAACCAACUAUGGUCGAAAUUGGGGUGGACCAGGGCACUAAGUUGACGGUGUGCGGUGAUACGCAUGGACAAUUCUUCGACCUCUUGGAGAUCUUCCGGUUGAACGGAUACCCGACCGAAAAGCACGCAUACCUCUUCAACGGUGACUUUGUGGACCGUGGCUCUUGGUCUACUGAGAUUGCCCUGCUCCUCUAUGCAUACAAGUGGCUGCGACCAAGCGGCAUCUUCCUCAACCGUGGAAACCAUGAGACGGAUGAUAUGAACAAGGUAUACGGAUUUGAGGGCGAGUGCAAGGCGAAGUACAACGAGACGGUAUUCAAGGUGUUCUCGGAGUCGUUCUCUUCUCUGCCUCUGGCUACUCUGAUCGGCAGCAAGUACCUCGUUCUCCAUGGAGGCCUCUUCUCCGACGACAAUACGUCCUUGGAUGACAUCCGGAAACUGGACCGCCACAACCAGCGACAGCCUGGACAACAAGGUCUGAUGAUGGAGAUGCUCUGGACUGACCCCCAAACGGAGCCUGGUCGUGGCCCGAGCAAGCGAGGAGUUGGCCUUCAGUUCGGCCCGGAUGUUACCAAGCGGUUCUGCGAGAAGAACGGAUUGGAAGCCAUCAUCCGCUCGCACGAAGUUCGUAUGGAGGGUUACGAAGUUGAGCACGACGGACGGUGUAUCACCGUCUUCUCUGCGCCCAAGUACUGCGAUACUACGGAGAAUAAGGGAGCGUUCAUCAACAUUGGUCCAGAACUCAAGCUGGACUUCCAAGUUUUUGAAGCCGUACCUCACCCUGAUAUCAAGCCUAUGACCGGUGCGAUCGACGAUCUCCACCGCACCGUUGGUGAUGUAACCGACGAGGAGAAGCGCAACGAGGGCAAAGCCAUCAUUGAGAAACUCGCAGCACUGAAAUAUGAGCUCCAACAUAACAGGCAAUUGACCCUCCUCCCCGAUGAUGGCCAGCCAGAUAUUAUUGAGUAUAACGAGGAACUGAAACAACGAGGAAACCCAUCAUGGCACGAUGUUGCAUGGCUGUAUUCGGAAUGCUACCUCUACAGGCGCAUCAGUGCCCUCUUCGCCAUGUCCAAACAAUGGAAAGGAUACGACGUAUUUGCCCGCCAAAAGAUGUCCACCUUUAAAUCAUCUCGCCCGGCAGUUCUCGAGUUAGCUGCAAGAUACAAGGAAAUAGCUCUGGAGGCCGAGAAAGGCCAGGCUGGUGGCAAGACCCCGGAGCAGACCGAACAGACUGAGCGCAUACUCUUCUCCGAGAUGUGUGAGAUCUGCCUGUGGGGGAAUGCCACUGACCUGUCCCUCCUGACUACUCUUACCUACGAGGAUAUCCAGAAAUUGCAGGGAUCCCAGGCGCGCAAAGCGGCGGAGAAAAACAUUCUCGUCAAUGAUUUGGAUGCUGCUUUUGAUGUCCUUAACAAGGCCCGCAAGGAGAAAAAAACCGGGGAGCGUCGCGUAGAUAUCGUCCUCGACAACUCCGGAUUCGAACUGUUCGUUGAUCUUAUCCUUGCCGGAUAUCUUCUCUCUGCUGGUCUGGCCACGACAGUCGUACUGCACCCUAAGCUGAUCCCCUGGUUCGUGUCGGACGUUACGCCUGCGGACUUUAGGGACCUUCUUGGGGCACUCGCCGACCCGCAGUCUUUCUAUACAGCCCCUGAUGAGUCGGGCAAAGAACACCCUCCUCUCUCCGAUAAGGAGCUGUCGGAGGUGAACUUCCUCUUCGAGCAAUGGUCCCGACUCCACGCAGAUGGAAGGCUGGUCAUCCGCCCGCAUGCCUUCUGGACCGGCCCAGGAGGAUACUGGCGCUUGCCCAAUAAAGCAAAGGGUCUCUUCGAGGAUCUUCAAGAGAGCGAGCUCGUCCUCUUCAAGGGUGAUCUCAACUACCGCAAGCUAACUGAUGAUGCUGCUUGGGACCCCACAACUCCCUUCACGACCGCCAUCGGCCCAAUGGGCCCUAAGUCCGGUGUCCGUGUCCUUGCCUUCCGGACCUGCAAAGCCGACGUCGUUGUUGGAUUGCCAGCAGGCGAAGACGAGAGACUCCGCGCGUUGCCUGGCGGUGGCGGUUCUGAGGCCCGGAAAUGGGCUUGGAGUGGAAAGUGGGCUGUUGUGUCAUUCUCUGAUGGAAAGGCUUAA